AUGGAAAAGAAACUUCAAAGCAAUGUUUUCCCCUUACACUUAAAGAGACUGGUUGAUCAAGAGCACCUUAUCAUGCAAUUUGGCCACCCAAAACCAUCAUGGAAGGAAGGUGAUGUCACAUUGUACCGACAACAAAUUCGAUCUAGCCACCCAGACACCGAAGAGGUGCCAGAAUUUGGUGAAGGUAGCGCAUAUCGCUAUCAUCAACGCGAAGAACUUAAACGUAAAAGACGCAGUCGAUCUGGAGAGCAAAAUAUAAACAAAUUACCUUGGUUCCUCGAUGUUGGAGACGGUGAUAACGCUAAAAAAUUUAAAGGUUCUCAAGAAGGAGACAUUCAAACAAACUCGGAUUACUAUCUGAUGACUCAAUCAUCAAAUGGUGCCUUUCAGGUGGCACCGGUAACCAGCUUUAUUAAAUUUUACUCCAUACCUAAACAUUAUACACUCAAUAUUGAUGAAGCAGAAGAACAGAUGCAAAGAAAAGAAGUGAUCUACGAUCAUUUUAAUUUUAUGACUUCCAAGCGUAUAAAACAGAGUGAAAAUGACAAGGAAAGUCCAUCUAGUGGAGUUCGUUUGCGUCUAGUAGAAAGAAAAACGAAUGAAAAGUCUAGCUCGUCAUCUGACUACGAAAGUGAAGAUGAAAGUAAAGCGAAAGCGAGAAAGCGUAAACAAGACGCCCUUGAAGCUAAGAAACAUAAGAGUAAAUACGGAAAGAUCAAAGUUCGUGGCGAUGAAGAUGAUGCAGAAAGUGAGGUUUCAGAUGAUGCAGAAUCAGAAGGCUUCGAAGUUGAUUAUAUGAGUGAUACUGUGUCAUCCAAUGAAGAAAUACAGCACAAAGAAGAUAAACCUCAAGAGAAUGAUGGUAUACCAGACGAAAUUGGAGGUUCUGAAAAUUCUGUUUACUCUUCUGAUGAAAACGACGAAGAUCUAACCAAGAGUGGACUCGAAAUGAAGAAACUACUAAAUCGCAGCGAUAAUGAUAAUUCAGAUUCUGAUAUACCGGAAGAUUUUGACGCAGACGAAGAGUUAUCAAAAUCAACGGUGUGGGUACAAAACAAAGACAAGAAGAAAAUAAGUUCUGAGGAAUCUUCCAGUAGUUCCGAAGAAGAAUCAGUUAAUAAGUCUACUAAAGCUAAAAAGACCGCUGCAAUAGUAGCCAAAGCUAAAAAUAAUGCCCUAGUGAAUUUAGCAGAUCGGGCGGACUUUCCAACUCGAGUAGCUAAAGAGAAAAAUAAGCGUUCCUCAGAAAAUCAACCGUCAAAGCCUGCUAAAAGGGUUAAAACUGAAGUAGGGAAUCGAGAGGACAGCAGCAGUAUCGCUAGCGAAAUAAAAGACUAUGUGACACCAGAAGCUGUUGCACGCUAUUUAAAGAGAAAACCGAUGACUACAUCCGAAUUGAUCAAGAAAUUUAAGAAAUACUUUAAAGAUUCCAAAGACAAAAGAUCAAUUAAUUUCAUAGCCGAAAUUAUUCGUAAGUUAAACCCUGAAAGGAAAGUUUCUGGAGGCGCCACUUACUUUUAUUUAAAGUAG